GCUUCGUUCACUCGCUCACUCACUCGCAAUUCACAAACGAGCAAAGAUCGUUUUGUCCUCCAAUCCUCCAAAAAGAGCAAAUUCAUGCAAAUCAACCGCGCCAAAUCAAAGAAAUCAAACUCAAAUCCUGUGCUACCCAGCUCAGUCAAGAUGCGUAAUAGCAGAGUUUCAUCCAAAAAACCCUCACUGUUAACUCGCACUCUCUAUUUAAUCCUUCUCUUUGCUGUAUCCAUCUUCAUUUUUCUCAUGUUUUCCAAAGAUAUUUUUGAAGAUGAACAAACCCCAAUUUUUUAUAGUGAUUCUGAGUCUGAUUCUCACCUUCAUCAUCAAUCUGAGCAGAUAAGAAGUCCUGCGCACUUUGUUGAUGAACAAUCACCGGCUUCAACGUUCAGCCGUGGCCUACGUCCUUGCAUUAAGCCUACUGCUAAAUACAAAGUUGCCCGGGAAUCUAACAGAUAUUUGACUGUGAAGAGUAAUGGAGGGCUAAAUCAAAUGCGUACUGGUAUUGCUGAUAUGGUGGCUGUGGCGCGUGUUAUGAAUGCAACCCUGGUGAUUCCUAAUUUGGAUAAACGUUCAUUUUGGCAGGAUUCAAGUGUGUUUGGGGACAUAUUUGAUGAGCUCCAUUUCAUGAGAAGCUUGCAGCAGGAUGUGAGAAUCGUGAAGGAACUUCCUAGACUACUGGAAACUGUUCCCCGAGCCCGCAAACACUUCGGUUCCUGGUCAGGGAUGAACUAUUAUGAGAAUAUGACACAUUUGUGGAAGGAGUAUCAGGUGAUUCAUGUUCCAAAAUCAGAUUCGCGGCUUGCAAAUAAUGAUCUACCUCUUGACAUUCAGAGGCUCAGAUGUCGUGCUCUAUACCACGCUUUACGUUUCUCUCCUCCUAUUGAACUUUUGGGGAAGAGGCUAGUGGAGCGGCUAAGGUCACGUGGGGGACAGUACAUUGCACUUCAUCUUAGAUAUGAGAAGGACAUGCUUGCUUUUACUGGCUGUACCUAUGGUCUUUCUGAUGCAGAAUCCGAGGAGUUGAGGAUUAUGAGGGAGAGUACACAUCACUGGAAGAUAAAGAAAAUAAACUCCACAGAGCAGAGGAAUGCAGGCCUUUGUCCACUAACACCUAGGGAGGUUGGGAUAUUUAUUAAGGCUCUUGGUUAUCCUCCAUCAAUGUUAAUAUAUAUCGCUGCUGGAGAAAUUUAUGGUGGUGCAAGGCGACUAUCAGAGCUGACUUUGCGAUUCCCUAAUGUGGUUUUCAAGGAAACGCUGGCAACCCAAGAUGAAUUAAAAGCUUUUUCCCAUCAUGCAACUCAAACUGCUGCUAUUGAUUAUAUCAUUUCUGUAGAAAGUGAUGUGUUCAUUUCAUCUCAUUCGGGUAACAUGGCAAGAGCAGUUGAGGGUCAUAGACGGUUCCUCGAGCACAGGAAGACAAUUACGCCAGACAGGAAAAGUCUAAUUGAAGUGUUUGACAAGUUAGAUUCUGGGCAACUAGAGGAAGGGCCAUCCGUAUCCAAUAUUGUCAAGAAGAUGCAUAGGAAUAGGCAAGGCUAUCCAAGGAAAAGGAGUGGCCCUCCACUAGGAAUCAAGGGUAGAGCGCGAUUCCGUUAUGAAGAAUCAUUCUAUCAGAAUCCUUACCCAGAAUGUAUAUGCAAGUCACAGGAUCAUCUCUGAAAAAUAUUGAACUUGAAAAUUUUGUGUUGAUCUGCCCGUGGUUCUGAUGUAUGCAUACCAUUCUUCAAUUCCAAUUCGUGGACUAUGGACAAAGGUGCACAAUGAGCUUGUUAGCCGUGGUUCAUGAAUGAGCUAAGCGAGAUAAGAUUGGAUAUACUGCUGCUUCUCCCCUUCGUCGUAUAGGGAGACAAUUUCUAUUGUCCCGUUUGCUCAUUUUUUUAUUUUGCUGCUCCAAUAUUCCGGGGUUUUUUGUGGUUGUCUUCUUCUCUUUCAAUGGCGUUUCUGGGGGCGGCGUGGGGUGAGCUACGGAACAGGGUCCCAAAUUUAAAUUUCAAAUAUGAUGUAAUUAGUUUUCUUAAUCUUCACUUAAAAAAGUGGGAGAUCAAUUACAGUUACUUAUGAACAAUAACUCCCCAUGUACCAAUUAUUCAUUUUACUUCUUUUUAAGUAAUUAUCCUAAUUUCUUUUUAACUUUGUCAA